AACUUCAGAUAAACCCACAUAUAAGUCUGCGAGAAACAUGAUAAAAUUUAUACGAUCUAUCUGCUGAUAAAUUAUAUAGAGAGAUAAGAAUAAUAAUACAUAGAAUUAAUGAAUCUGCAAAUAUAGUGAAAAAGACUAUUUACGUUGAGAGAAGAAACAUUGAAUCGUGGUAAUACUGAUUUAAAUACCAACAUGGACAUAAAUAGCAUUUGGACUUUGGCAGGGGCUAUAAAUUAUUUGAAAACUUCGAGUCAAAAUGAACACGUAUUGGAAAAGAUAAAGGAGACCAUAUACUCCUGGAAUUAUAGAUCAGAAUACGAUUUAGAAUCUAUCAGAGAUGAUUUAAAUGGCAUUGUAGAACAUGUGAUGACACAACAUUUCAAAGACAAAGUUGAUAGAGAAUUAAAACUGUCUAUAAGUUGUGUUGUUUACAACGAAAUUUAUGAAAAUUUGAUACCACUUAUUCGGGGCCAGUUUUCGAAAGAAGAUCUGUACCUGUACGAAAAAUGUACUUAUUUAAGCAAGAAAAACGUUUCGCCUGGUCAGUUUGGAUGCAGUGUGUACAAUUGUUUAAAAUUCAUCUCUGCUGUUGUAGAGUUAUCUGUGUUGGAUACAUACAAGAGUCCAUUGGAAAAAAUAAACUGUCUCUGUUCUACCUACGACAUGAUAUAUGCAGAACUAAAACUGGCACUUGUUACUAUUAUAUCAAAGUACUCAGAAAAGGAAUGCGAAAUCCCUAUAAUAAAUAAUGAGGAAGUAAUCCCAAUAUUAAUGAUGGUUGUAAUAAAAUCUAAAUUGUUAUACCUUUGGAGCAAUCUCUUUUAUAUAAAAUUUUUUGCUGGUGAUAUUAUAGAAGAAAACAAUGGAAUAAGGUCGAUACUGAACAUCUAUGAAACAGUAAUUCUGAAAAUAAUGACUAUUGAAGAAAGCUGUCUAAACGUUGGCUGUGAUAAAAUUCCUACGAAUCUAGAUGUUGCUGAAACAAUGGCUAUACUUUCUUCUGAAGAAAAUCUUGAAACACAAGAUCAUGCUACUCUUAUUGGAGAAGGGAAAAAGAGGCUAGUUUCUUUGAUAACAAAGGCAACGGCUGAAAAGAAUUUUGUUCCUUUAGAUGUAGCAAAAAUUUUUAGUUAAAUGAACAAUUUUAUACCUACAAUUUGGUUUCAUUAUUAUUUAUCCUAUAUAAGUAGGUACC